UAAGAAGGGUUUGAUAGCUCUGCUGAUCUGUUUUCGAUCUUCCUUUGACUUUCUCUUUCUCUGUCUCUUGACUUGUCAUUCUUUCCUUUAAUCUUUCCUUCAUAGGAAACAUCCGCUCUUUUACAUUCGGUAUCACUCGUCUUUUUCAGUUACUCCUGGCGGGCCAUUUCCUUUCACCUCAAAGUCAAUAUCGAUCGACCACAACUUGUGGCUAUAAUUUCUAUCAAUAAAGGUCGAAGGAAUCAAUCUUUUGGUCUGCCUUUUUGGCUACAGCGACGCAUUUCAGCGACCAUUUCAUAAGGGUUUCGCUCAUUCAGACCUUCGAUAUCAGUAAAACUCUAUCAUUCCAAUCUCCAGAACCAUACAUCGAUCCACUCCGUCGUCUGGGCUACCCACUCAAACCUGUCAUCUGAAACGCGAAUCAUCAAAAACUGACAGCAGGCACGGGCAUAGUCUGUGCUUUAUAGAUUUCGAUUUCUCUUUCGGGAAACCAUAUCGACCUUUCGGACCUCUUCUUGAACUAUUGUUAGCUUCUAUUACUGGCCUAAUCGAUAAAAGCUCUGCUCACUGCGUUUGCCUUUCCGUCUUGUAUAUUUUUUCUUAUUACAUUCAUUAGCCGUCGACCUGUGGGGCAUUGGAAGAUAUCCAGAUUGUCUCAAGCUAUACAUAUUGAAGUCCAAGAUACUCAAUGAGCAUUGUUCGAUUCUAAUAUAACCACGCUAUCUAUUAUUAUUCACAAUGGGGUGGUUUGGAAGUCAAAAUUUGUCUACCAAGUUUGGGUAAGUCUCUUGAGUAUGAUCCCAUCCAUACAUGUGUCUGAUUUGUCUUCCAUAGCAUUGUACUUGGUAGUGCAAUUAUAAUUGUGUUGGCCGCUGGCAUGAUUAAAGUAUGGUACAACAAAAGAAGGUAAGACGGAUAUUCAAAAUGAAAGAGUUUGACUAAACGUUCUUCUAGACUUGCAAAAAAUAUAAAAAUUGAGGAACUCGAAAAGGCAAAUAGUACUCAGGAGAGACUUAAUGUAGAGGAACUCGGUGAAGGUGAUCUCUUUGGUGUUCGCGCAAUCCAGAGAGGUUUCUUUGGAGGCGUCUCACAAUCUAGAAGCAAUUCUCCUGCUCAAUCGAUGUUUGGUCCACCAUCAACCACUGCGGUAGACUUGUCAGAGGCUACCAGAAAUCUUGAGGCCAUCAGAGCUCCAUCAACAGCUAGCAGUAGCAGCGAAGAUAGUCAAUCGAGGGUUUCCAGCGAGAUUUCUGUUCCUAAAUCUACCAAGCAUAAGCCUUCACCUCUCCGCUUACAGCCUUCUGAUGCAGAGAUCAGACGCGCUGCAAUGCAUAAUAGAGCAGGCUCAUACAUACCGCCACCACCAAUCAAGGAGGUUCAAUCGAAACCAGACUCGCUUGAGGUUCAAUUCGGUACACGUGCAGUUUCUGAGUCACCUCCCAUCAGAACUCAAUCAGAUGAGGAUAUAUCUCAAUUACGAUACCAAGGGGAAGUCCCACGCAACUUGAUGUUUUUAGCAGGUCAACAUUCAAGCGUUAGAUCUCAAGCUGGGUCCAUAUACGGCAGUGCCGAAUCAUCACCAAGAAACCCACCCAAAAUUCCUAAAGUUCCCACACCUCCAGCUCCAACCCAUGUAUUUGGCUUCCCUCCUCGAAUUCCCACACGAUCACGAUCUAGCUCUCCAGAAGAAUCAUCCAGCAGUGACAGAUCCUCAUCUUCAUCCCCCGAGCUACCCGUCCCAUCCAUCCCAUCCCCAUUCCGAACCUCCUACCAACCCAGCACACUCGUCGAAGAAACCAAACCAGAAACCUCCCGCAAACGCCUCUCCUACCAACCCACGCUACCUAGCGAGAUUCAAACCGAAGAACCCACGUCGCACCAGCGCGAAUCCAGCGCCCCAACCUCCACCCUCACACCCCGCACCUCCAUCUUCGACAAUGAAUCCACCAUCCGUCCACCCAUUCCUCCCCGGGCCCGUCCCAUCACCGGCCAAAUAUCCCGCACAAACGACUCCAUCCGCAUCUCGCGCAAAUCCUCUCUUCAAGCACAAGCACAAGAACAUCGCUACUCGAGAGAUAGGGAUCUGAUGCACUAUGAUCCUACUGCUGUAGCCUCGUCACGCAAUAGAAGUGGGAGUGUUCAGGGACGUGCGGUGGAUUUUGAUCGCCCGAGGGAAAGUCCGUUUGGUAAUUCUAAUGCGAUUGCGAGUGAGAAGGGGAGUGUGAAGAGUCAGAGGAGUCGGGGGAGUUGGGAUAGUGGGAGUAGUGUGAGUACUGGGAGUAGUGGGAGUGAAGGGGUCGAUUGGAGAGCUGAGGGGAUGGGGAGGAAUGUUGCGGAGGAUACUAUUGUGGAGGCUGCGAAGCCGAUUAUGAAUCGUGGGCGGCGAACUGAUGCUAGUGAUUUGGUUUGAACUUUGAAGGGAGGCGGGAUGGGGUUUGCUUAUUUCUGUCUUUGAUUUUGCUUGUAUCUAUUAUUGUAAGAUUACGUAUAUUUUAAUGGGGGUAUUUACCGGUUAUGCAUAUAGGGUUUGGACGU